AUGAUAUGGGUAUCUUAUUUCAUGGCUAUUAUGAAAUCACCAGGUACAUCUCCAUCAAAUUACAAACCAUCUAGUGGUCAAUGGAAAAGAUAUUGUAAAAAAUGUAACAAAUAUAAACCUCCAAGAACUCAUCAUUGUAAAUCAUGUAAUCAGUGUAUUUUAUACAUGGAUCAUCAUUGUCCAUGGACUAUGAAUUGUGUUGGUUUUGAAAAUUUACCUAAUUUCAUGAGAUUUUUGGGGUGGGUCAUUUGGGGUACUAGUUACUUGUUUAUCCAAUUAGUCAAACGUAUAAUUUCAUAUUAUCAACAAUCAGAUUUACCUAUAUAUUUAAUUAGAAAAUCAGAAAUGAUCGGUGUAAUAUUCUUCACACCUUUGGAUUUAUUUGUGUUGAUAUCUAUUAGUUUAUUGUUUAUUAGAUGUUUUAUUAAUAUUUGUAAAGGUAUGACUCAAAUUGAAAUUUGGGAAUGGGAAAGAAUCGAUAAUCAAUUUUAUUCAAAUAGAUUUUGGUAUCAAAUUAGAUCAAAUUAUAGAAAAUUACAUAAUAAAGAACUACCUGAAUUGACUACAUGGACUAAUAACACAAUAGAAUUAGACAAUAUGGAUAAUAAUGAAGAAGAGGAACAAGAGGAACAAGAGGAGUCGAACAAUUUAGUUCCUAAAAAUUUCACAAUUGAUGAUAUUAUAUUCCCUUAUGAUUUGGGCAUAUGGUCAAAUAUAAUACAAGCUUUAAAUUAUCCUUGGGUUUGGUUAUGGCCAUUCUCAAAACCUCUAAAUAAUGGAAUAUCACCUAAAAUAUCUCAAGAUUAUAAAGAAGAUGAUCAAUUGAAUUUACCUUGGCCUCCUGAUGGAAACAACCAAGAAGAAAUAAGUGUAAAUGCUUUGAAUGAUGAUGAAUUAAGGAAUAUAAAAAAUUAUAAAGAAUUGAGAAAACGAUUAGAUCCAAAAUCAGAUUUAAAACGAAAUGAUUGGACUAAUGAUUAUGGUGAAAAUUUAAAUGAUUUUGGCGUUGAUAUCGAUGCUGAUGAUGAUAAUUAUGAAUUAGUAACAAGGAGUAUAUAG